GAGUAGUCGAUCGUAAUGAGCCGUCGUCGCGUGUUGAUUUUAAAUUAUAUUUUAUAAUUAUAAUAUACAGUUUUUAUUUUUCGAUUAACGCUUGGAUUUAGGUCGCGAAUCGCUUAGACGAGUGUAUUACACGUAAACGAUUUUUUUGUUCUUUCAAUUCGCUGUCGUGUAUUGCACGUUAGCAUAUUACUAUUUUUAUAUUAAUAAUAUCCACAACGAACACAUCCGAUGCGCGAGAUAUCAAAUUCUCGUAUCUACACGUUUUCCGGCGGCGGGACCAUGCCGUACUUGUUACCCGCGCACGUAAUCAUGGAGAUGCAGAUAAGCAACGCGUCCGAGUUCCCGUUGUACCACUCGAUGGCGACGGGACCGCACUCGUUCCAGCUUCCAAGCGCCAUACCGCCCGUCAGCACCAUUCCGUCGUACAAGAACACUAUGUUCCCGGAUAGGUUGGGCGGCUUCUACUACGACUCGGCGGGCGUCACGCACGCCAUGCCCGCCGAACGGUGUGACCGGUGCUACGUCGAACUGUCGAUGAUCAGCAGUGCUCACCACUUCGGCAAGAAGCUGUGCGGCAUGUGCGCGGCCAAGGAGCAGCAGGUGUCGCCCAAGGUGGAGACCGAAAUCCUGGACUUAGACUCGCAACAGGUCAUGUCGCAACAGCAACAACAGCAGCAGCAGCAACAACAGCAGCAGCAGCAACAGGACACGACCAAAGCGUUCUUGCAGCACGGCGGCGUAGGAGUCGUCGUGCCUCCCGGUUACGAUAGGCCGCCGCAACCGCCGCCCCCGCCGCCGCCGGCUGUCGAGUGGCCCGGUUACUUCCAGCCGCAACAGAAUACGCUGUCCGGCGAACACCUGUCCCCCGACUACAACAAUGUGUCGACCACGACCACCACACCUCCAACGAUGAUGGGCGGAUCACCGCCUUCCGACAUGCAACCACAGCAACAGUACCAGACCAACUUUGACGGCGGCGGGUACGCGGUCGACUCGAACCAACAGCCCGGCGGAGGCGGUGGUGGGAGCGGCGGCGGCGGGUCCGGGUCCGGGACCAAAGGAAACGGGUCGUGGAAGUCGAACGAGGCCCGGCGCGCCAAGACUUACGAGUGUCCGGCUUGCGACAAGUGGUUCACCAGCUCUGGUCAUCUGAAACGGCACUACGGCACGCAGCUGCACAAGAACGCGGUCAAGCAGAGCGGCAAACCGGAUCCCGCGCUUUUGCCCAUGAAACAUCACUAUCACCCGUACCGGGACCCCGCAUACGUAGCCCAACAGAAGCUCAAGCAGCAGCAGCAGAACGGCUCGUCGUUGCACAAACAACAGUCGUCCAUGAUGAUGCCAGCCGACUUCCGUCCCGUCACGUCCACGUCAUCGUUUAACACCGAUUCUUUUUUAGAGCUGACUCCCCCAAACCUGACAGCAAGCCUCUCGGACAGUUUGGGGGGAACCCAAUUCCUACCGGCCCGUCGGCCGGUCAGCAACAGCAGCAGCAGCAGCAACAGCAACAACAGCAGUACGGCAGGUUUCACGGACGAGAUGCAAAUUUCUUCUUAUCCCAACAACAACAGCAGCAAAUACCGGGCGGACCUAACGGUGGUCCGUACGGCGGCCAUCCGCCAAGCCACGUCGUUCCCCGGCCACCGGCAGUCGACGGCGGGUCAACAAGCGCUUUCGGCAUACCUGCACCACCAGAUCACGGAUACCAUCCAGCCAUACACCACCCAGGGUUCUAUGAUCCAAACAACUACCAGCACGGAUUUGUACACCACUAUGCCCGACAAUAACGGCUGCGGUAACCACAUCUACCACGUCCACCACCACCACCAACCAAAUCAGCCGGAACAGCCGUACCAUCUCGGCAACGUAAUCGUCCGCAAUCAACAUCAACACCAGUUGCCGCCUCCGCCGCCAACGCACCACCUCCAUCACCAGCGAACCGUCGAUUAUCAGCAACCGUCGUCUACGACGGUGCAGCCGUCUGCGUACCAACAACCGGUGCAGCAAACCCAUCAGCGCCAGUUGCACGUGCUGCAGCAGCGCAACGUUAAACAGGAACCCGUGGAACUGAUCGAAUACAGCGUCGAAGAAACUCCGAUGGCCAGCCCGGACUCGAGCAUAGACCAUCAUCAUCAUCAUCAUCAACACCUCCAACACCAACAAUUGCACCACUAUCACCCACAGUACCAAGGACUGCUGGUGGUGGCGCCCAUAUCGCCGUCGUCGCCACCACCGUCGCUGCCUCUGCCGACGCACCACGCCGUCGCCGAUGACGACACGAUGGUCAGCGACAGCGGCGGUUCCAUCGACCUGGACACCGGUUCGCCGCCGAACUUUAACGGCAGUUGCGCGGAAUUGUCGUCGUCGCACUCCUCGUUGGCCAAAAAGUUCCGGAAAGCCACGCGCGUCACGUGCGAGCUUUGCAACAAAGACUUCACGGACAAGUGUUACAAGACCCAGCACGACCAGAGGUUCCACAGCGGUGAGAAGCCGUACCGGUGCGGCGUGUGCGGCAAGCGGUUUGGCGAGCACAAGCAGCUGCAGGUGCACGAGCUCCGGCACAACGACAGCAACAAGGCGUUCCCGUGCACCGUGUGCACCAAAAGCUUCAACUUCAAAAACGAUCUGGACCGGCACUUCAUGUCCAGCCACUCGGCCGACAAACCGUACCAGUGCGUGCAGUGCGAGAAGAAGUUUGUACGGCUGGACCACAAGCGGCACCACGAGAAGACGCACGACGACACCGUGGAGAAGACGAAAAAGAAGAAGAAAGCGGCGGCGGCAGCGGCGGCCGAGAUGACGUCCAGCCGUUACAGUGUCGGACAGCUGCAGCUCGCCGAGGACCAAUCGUAAAACACACUUUACUAUUAUACGUAUUUGUUUGCGCGAUCGAGUAAAUCGCGUUUUAAAAUGUUAUUGUUCUCCCCGUAAACAUGUUAACAUUUACGAGAUAAAAAUAUUGUCGCGGGAGUAGGCGACGCGACGACACACCGUCAAUGUAAAUUGUAUUAUUAUCAUUAUUAUUAUAAUUUUUUCCAUUUUUUGAUUUCGGUCGAAACAGCGUUGUACGACUCAUCCGUGUCGCCCAAACCACUGGCAGGAGUAUUAUUUCCGAAGACACGUUUGAAAGCGUAUGACUAUGUAGGUACCGUGUAAUACUAUACUUGUAUCGAUUUACUAUUGCGGACAUUUUUUCGUUCGAUAAAAAUCGCGUCGAUGAUUUUGAACCUGACCGGUCCGGCAUUCCGGCGCCGUGAAUAUUAGUGAAACAUUUUUCGAGAUUGACCGGCAUUAAAAUUUAUGUUGUACAUAACAAUAAUAAUAAUCCUAAAUCCAGGGGCAUUACAAUAUUGUUAAGAAUUUUUUAUUAAUAUAUUUUACAGCCCAUACCAAAAAUUCAACUACAAUCCUACCCCAAUUCCUCCCCACACCCCUAAAACAAAAAAAUAAAAAAAAAACAAAUAAAAAUAAAUUAAUACCCCGUCCCAUUGUUGCGUCGUUUGUUGAUGGCUCAAUAUCUUACACUAAGUAUACAUACCUAUUACCUAAUAUAUGUAAUAUUAUUAUUUUUUACAUUUAUUUUUAAUUUGUUGAAUUUAUUUUCAUUUGAUUUGGGUACCAAUAUUGCAUUAGUUAAAACAUAUCCCCCACAUGUUACAUAUCACACGACGACGCUCUAGAAUUAUUAUUAUUAUAUUAAUUAUGACAUUCGUUUGUUUCGUACCUGCUAUUAACUAUAUAAUAUAAUUGUAUGAUAAUAUUAUAUUGAAUAUAAAAACUGAUAUUUUUAUUUUGUG